CAAUCAUAGAAUACGCAUACGGCAGCUCUUCUAUUCCGCCAUCUGUAAGGCCGAUCGGCUUUUGUUAUAUCGGGGUGGAGGAUUUUCUUUCUCUUUUCGGAGCAAAAAGUAUCAAGCUGAGGUCAUUUUGCUUUCAAUUUUUCCAAUACAACCUCCACAUGGAGGUUAAGAUUCUUCUACUUCAGCAUCUCCCAUAAACAUGGAUUCCCAUUUCGAAGGGUCCUCGAAUUGAAACAGAAAUGCUCUGUAAACUCCCUUCCACGUCUUCCGCAGGAUUGGAUCCUUCGAUUUCUCACCAUGGUUAUAAUCGCAAGUUUGGGUGUUCCACUAGAAAGAAUGUUCCAGAGCUCAAGUAUCGGUUUAAGAUUGUGGGUCUUUCUAAGGGAGAUAAAUGGCCUCUCAAUGACAUUGAUGCAAACGCAGUGCAACAAAACUUAAACAAAUGGCUGCUGAAGACGCAAAACUUCUUAAAUGAAGUUACAUCUCCCCGGGGAAAAAUCAGUAAGAACAAAGAUCAUAUUCCUACAGGAGCCUCCACCGACAUAGAGGAUCUAGUUAUGGAGGAAUAUACUGUUAAUAUCAGGACACCAAAUGGCCUCCUGUCUUCUACUGCUGUUGUAUCCAUUGAGCAAUUUAGCAGGAUGAAUGGCUUGACUGGGCAGAAAAUGCAGAGGAUAUUUAAAGCCCUUGUGCCUGAAUCUGUUUACAAUGAUGCUCGCAGUCUGGUAGAGUAUUGCUGUUUUAGAUUCUUGUCAAGGGACAGCUCAAAUCUUCAUCCUUCCCUCAGUGAACCCACAUUCCAGAGAUUGAUAUUUAUAACAAUGCUUGCUUGGGAAAAUCCAUAUCACGAGCAUACUAAUGCUUCAGAGGAAAUUGCUUUUCAGAAGAUGUUAGUUGGAGAAGAGGCUUUUACACGUAUUGCACCAGCUAUUUCUGGUGUUGCAGAUCGAUCCACAGUACAUCAUCUAUUCAAGGCACUUGCGGGUGAUGAACAGAGCAUCUCUUUCAGUUUAUGGCUCAAAUAUGUUGAUGAACUGCUCAAGGUCCAUGAAGGACGAAAAUUAUAUCGAGUUCGAGAUAACAGACAGUUCUUUGGUGAGAAUAUUCUAUGUAUUGGUUCCAGUAAGAAGCGACCCGUCUUAAAAUGGGAGAAUAAUAUUGCAUGGCCAGGAAAACUUACUCUUACCGACAAAGCUGUCUAUUUCGAGGCAGUUGGAAUCUUCGGGCAGAAAGAUGUCGUGAGAUUGGAUCUUACGAAAGACGGUGUACAGGUGGACAAGGCAAAAGUGGGACCUUUUGGCUCUAUUCUUUUUGACUCUGCUGUUUCAGUAGCAUCCAGCUCAGAGAAGGAAACAUGGGUUCUAGAAUUUGUUGACUUGGGAGGUGAAAUGAGGCGAGAUGUCUGGUAUGCUUUCAUUAGUGAAGUUGUAGCUUCACAUAAGUUUAUACGUGAGUAUGGGCCCGAGGAUGACGACAAAACGCGCUUUCAUGUGUACGGUGCUCAUAAAGGAAAAGAAAGAGCUAUGAGUAAUGCAACUAAUAGCAUAUCCAGACUUCAAGCCCUUCAGUUUAUGAGAAAGUUAUUGGAUGAUCCAAUAAAACUCGUGCCAUUUUCGUUCUUACAAAACGCACCUUACGGUGAUAUCGUCCUUCAAACAUUGGCUGUAAAUAUUUGGGGCGGACCCUUGGUGAAAAACUUUCCUUUGGAGGAAAAUCAGGUAGUUCAAGCAGCAAGAUCUUCAGAUGAAGUAUACGAAGGUGGUCAUCACGUGUUUGACAUAGAUGGAAGUGUUUACUUGCGGAAUUGGAUGAGAUCGCCCUCCUGGAGUACGAGUGCAUCCAUUUCAUUCUGGAAGAAUCCAUCAAUGAAAGAAGGGGUUAUAUUAAGUAAAAAUCUUGUUGUAGCAGGAAUGUCCUUAGUUGAAAGGGCAGCUGAAACUUGCAAACAACGAUACCAAGUGGCUGAGAAAACGCAGGCUACAAUUGAUUCGGCAAUGAUUAAAGGAAUACCUAGCAAUAUUGAUCUGUUCAAGGAACUUAUACUCCCUCUAACCAUGAUAGCCAAGAGCUUUGAGAAGCUUCGACGUUGGGAGGAGCCACACUUGACCAUUUCCUUUCUUGCAGUUGCAUAUACAAUUAUCUUCAGAAACUUGCUAUCAUUUGUAUUUCCUACAACAUUAAUGAUGGUAGCAGCUGGAAUGCUGACAUUGAAAGGACUCAAGGAGCAAGGUCGUCUCGGCCGAUCUUUCGGCAAAGUAACCAUUCGUGAUCAGCCACCUUCUAAUACCAUUCAAAAGAUUAUGGCUGUAAAAGACGCCAUGCGCGAUGUCGAGAACUUUUUGCAGAAUCUGAAUGUUUCACUCCUGAAAUUACGUACAAUUGUUCUUUCAGGUCAGACUCAGAUAACCACUGAAGUGGCACUGGCGGCGUUGUGUUCUUCAAUUAUCCUCCUUGUUGUUCCUUUCAAGUAUGUGCUAUCUAUGUUAAUAUUUGAUCUCUUCACACGUGAGUUACAGUUUCGACAAGAAACUGUAAAGAGAUUCAUGAAAUUCUUGAGAGAGCGUUGGGAUUCUGUGCCUGCAGCCCCUGUGGUUGUCUUGCCAUUUGAUAAUAAUGAUUUGAAGCCAUCUUCAACUCAGCAAAAGGAAGUUGAGCAGCAACAAAAGCCAAAAGAUUAGACAAAUGGCCGAGACUACGGGAAGGAUUCCUCUUUAGAUAAUAGGUACUGUAACUGGUAUUCCUGUGAUCAGUUUAGUCGGUAUUUUCUUUUAUAGUUCAUAUUCUGGAUUAGGUUCAUCUCUGUAAUAAUUGGAUGAACUGAGUUGUAGACAUGAAAGCUUAAGAACUCAACCGGAUCCCCUCGAAUUAAAAAAGAAGAGGGGGUAGGUCCCGUUGAGCAGUGCAUAAAGAAAGAACUGUAUAUUAAUAUGUAUACCAAUAGGGUUGUUUCUAAUGCAAGUUCCCUCUUGGAAAGAGAAAGAAAUCAGCUUAUUUCUUGGGUGCUGGUAGUGUUUUCUUUGCUUGACAAGCUGCAUAAA